UACCUAUAUUUGGGUAUGAUAUUUGUUGCAGAAAUCCUAAAUCAAAACCCAAAAUCUGAACCCUUUUUCUCUCUCGAAGCGCUUUCAAGACUGAUCAAUCCUCCGCAUUCUCUAUCCAUCGCAUCGCAAGAGAUUUGUGCUGUGCACAACAGCAAAAGCCUUCUCUAGACGAUGAAACGGGGAGGGGGACAUUACGGCGGCAAUGAAGAUUCUUCCGCCGACAAAGCAUAUUCCCAGGUUCAGCAUCACCCCCAACACGGCAGGUCUGAAGAACAGCAGCAGCAAUGGAGAUGGGAGCGAGAGAGCCCCAAACUGACCACCAACGCUAUGUCACCUAACAUGUUCUCUGAAGGUCAGGGGGCUGAAGCAUCAAGGUCGUAUUAUCAGGGUCAGAGGACAGAUCCAAGGGCCCCGCUAGACAACCAAGGUGGAAAAGAUCGUAGAUCUCAGCCACUGGAAGAGAAUAUGAAUAUUGGAUAUGAAGAUAAUUCCAUGCCGCCAUCGUCUGUUGAGGGUCUUGAACAGAAGUUCAUGAACGACAUCAAGAAACUAAGCAAGGAACAAUAUGAUGCUGAGGAUGCUGAAAAUGCGAGGCACAGGGAGAGAAUAAAUGCCAUCAAUGCUCAGUUUGAAGAACAGCUAGUUGCCCUGAGAGCACGGCAUGCCGGUCGAAGAGAGGACCUUCUCAGAAGAGAAUCCCAGGCAAGGCAUCUGCAGUACGAACAGGUUGGAUUGGAUAACUAUCCAAACGCUAAUACAGCUGGCCCUAUGGACUCUCGUGGAUAUUCUUCAGUAGCCACAGGAGAGCGACAACGACCCUACAACAACAAUAAUAGUAACAAUUAUGAUUCGUACAGAGAUAGAAGUCGACUUUCUGCAAGUGGAAGGGAUCAUGGGUUCGAACCUAGUAGAGGCCACUACCCCGCUGGUGGCCGUGCUUACGAAACUGGUGGUUCCCGCUACUACUGAUGUUUCAGCUGUGCCAUAGUUUUACCCCGGUUUGCUGCUUAUAUAGAGUGGGUCUUUACCAAGUCUUGUAUUUUCAUGUAGUAGCUGGUCAUUUAAGUAGUGUUUCCGAUAUUCAAUUGUUCAGACUUCAGAGAACUUCAAUUCCCCCACCCCACAGCCCCUUAGUUGCCGUCACUCACUCAGGGAUCUAGGACAGGCAAGAGAACGUCUGUUACCUUUCUUUUUGUUUUUAAUGUUCUGAGAACAACAAGCAGCACUAUGAUAGUUGGGAUUUGGGAAAAUAGGAUUCAGUUCUAGUUAUCGAUUUGCAAAAUUAAAACAGCUGGUAUAAACAUGUCCAUUCUUAGUGCAUUA